GUUCCACUAAUUUUUUAUGUUAAGUAACAUUUUGGCCUAAAAACUAUUGUUAAAUUACUCUCCAUAUUCCUCAAACUGAUCUAAAUCUUCACCGCAACUUUCCAACAUGCCCAGAGUCAAUCCAGGACCCGGUCCCGCAGCGUACAAACUCAGGCCUCUCACCGGAUACAGGUGCCAUGACUUCACUAAAGACAGGGCUCCGCAAUUCAGCAUGCAGCAGAAGACGAAGGUGCCGAAACCGUGCCCGAUAGGACCAGGUCCAGCGUAUUGCCUUCAGGGAGCCACCAGGUUCGGACCACCAUGCCCAAAAGGAUUCACCAUGCAGAGGAAAUACCCACCACCCAAGAUCGACUGCGUGCCCGGCCCCAAGUACUGCCCGAAAUGGGCGCAUCCGAGGGCGCCGGCCUACACCAUGGCCCGCAAAUACAAGUGCUGCGUGCCGAAAACGCCCGGACCGGCCGAUUACUGCAUCAAGAGGUGCCCCAACAACUGGCCAGCGUACACCAUGCCCCACAAGUACAAGCCGAGAUGCCCGGACCUCACCCCCGGGCCGUAUCCGGCGGUGUGCGUCAUCAGGUACAAGAGCAGGGAGCCUCGCUACACGAUGAUGUCGAAGGCUUACCCCAAGCCGCCGGUGCCUUGCUCGCCCGGGCCGGCCGCUUACUGCGCCAGAUUGCCGAAGAAAUGCAUGGUUGGGCAGGCGUUCGGCAUCAGGAACCAGAACAUCGACGUUUACUACACCGACGAGGAUAGGAUGGCCGCUUGCACGGAGUUCAGGCCGUGCUGCAAGCAAAACGAGCCGAUAUUGCCUGGUCCCUGUUAGUUGCCUCGGUGCUGGAGAUGGAGAUGAUCUCUGAUAGAAGGUACUAAAUGGACUGGAUGAGGUGGUUUGGUUCAAUUUGGGGAAUAUUGGAUACCGUUGAAGGUGUUGGAGGAAUAUGAAACAUCGGUAAUAAUAAUUUUUGGACCAAAUUGUUACUAAUUGGAAAUAAAACUGUCGAUUUC